AUGGCCUAUUACCCCCCUCUAGGACCUUUAUACUAUGAGCCAUGGGUGGUAGAAAUUGGUCCUCUCCAUCAUGAUAAACCAACGUGUCAUCCGGCAGAGAAGUUCAAGCUUGAACUGGCAGCAAAGUAUAUCGAAGACAGUGGCUGUCCAGAUGAAGAUUUGCAGAAGAUCAUUGAGGACAACAUCAACACACUAAGGGAGUGCUAUGAGGAGGAAGCAACAAGGUCGUACACCAACGAGGCCCUCGCAGACUUGUUAUUCUUAGAUGGGUGUUCAACCUUACAGUUCAUAUACUCUUUUAUACAUAACAUGUUGGCAGAUUUCAACUUCAAGAGGGAUCAGGCGGCUUUUGCACAUCAUGAUUUUUUCUUGCUAGAAAAUCAACUCCCUUACCGAGUCCUCAAGCUGUUGAUGUCCAGAAGUUGCAAAAGGGAAGAGUUGAAAAACGCAAUCCAUGAGUUUGUUGGAGACAUCAUCAUGGUAGCAAGAGCCAGAAGAAAACAGAAAAAAAGAACACGUCAACCAGAAGAUACAUGCAUAAAAAUAACAGAGAUUGAAGAGCCUGCUCAUCUUCUCGAUCUUCUCCGGAGAGAAAUGCUAGCCCCCCCCCAGAUGGCCACAAAAUAUAUGGAAAUCUGCGAUGGCGACAGUUCCGCAACAUACAACAGCUUACAGCAACAUGGGUCCGUUUAA